AUGAAACUCUCAUCACUAAAUAUAUCUAAAUCACUUGGUGUUGACAAUGUCAGUCCUCACGUUUUACGCUUUUGUUCUACAUCAAUGUCUACUCCACUUACUCUCAUCUUUCAAAAGUCAUUUGACAAUGAUAAAAUUCCAAACUCAUGGUCCAAAGAAAAUGUAACACCUUUAUUUAUGAAGGGCUCCAGAAUCGAUCCAUCAAACUACAGACCAAUAUCUCUCAACUCAAUUCCAUGUAAAGUAAUGAAGAAACUAAUUAAGAAGGCAGUCAUGCAGCAUCUAAAAUUAAACAAUCUUCUAUCAGAUAGUCAACAUGAUUUUUUAGAGAAAAAAACAUGCGUUACAAAUCUCCUUGAAACAAUGGACUUCUUGACUGGAAAUAUUGUUAGAAUACUACAUAUUGACAUCAUAUUCUUGGAUUUUACCAAAGCAUUUGACAAAGUACUACAUCAACGAAUGCUUUACAAACUAAAGAUGUACGGAAUCGAAUGUAAUCUUCUUAAAUGGAUAAAAGCUUUUCUACUGAACAUGUCUCAACGAGUCAUCCUUGGUGACAUUUGUUGA